AUGUCAUCGCGAGUAAUCGUUUACGGUGGUAAUGGCGCCUUAGGUUCUGCUUGUGUUUCAUUUUUUAAGAAUAAAGGACUUUGGGUCUGCUCAAUUGGCUCUCAAAAAAAUUCUGAGGCAGAUGCCAACGUAAUUUUAACUAACCGUGAAGUCCUGGAGGAACAACACAGGGAAGUCCAGGAAGGUGUAAAAAAUGUGUUGGAUGGAGUCCCUGUCGAUGGGAUUUUUUGUACUGCUGGUGGUUGGGCCGGUGGUAAAUGCACUGCAAAAGGUUUUGUUAGAAGUGUUGAUUCGGUUGUGAAGCAAAGUAUAUGGCCGUCUACAAUCGCUGCUUCUCUCUGUCCUAAUUACCUUCGGCCUGGUGGCUCUCUCAUCCUUUCAGGAUGGCUGUCAGCUUUACACAGUACUCCAGGCAUGAUUGGAUACGGCUUAGCCAAGGCUGCAGUUCAUCACAUGACCUCGAGCCUUGCAGAUGCCGAUAGUGGAAUGCCUCCCAACAGUUUUGUUGCUGCCAUUCUUCCGAACAUCUUGGACACGCCAAGGAAUCGCAAAUGGAUGCCAAACGCCGACCAGUCUACGCUUUUUUUUGACUGGCUUCUGGGAAAAGGACGUCCAAAAUCGGGCAGUCUUGUAAAACUUGUAACGGAGGGUGGAAAAACAGAAAGCAUCGUUGUAAACACGCCUUAA